AUGACACCUAAGAUAUCUGACUUUGGGCUGGCAAGGGAAUUCAAAUACGAUGUUGAAGUAAAGACUCGGCGUGUAGCUGGAACUCAUGGUUAUAUGCCUCCUGAAUACAUAGAAAAUGGAUAUUAUUCAACAAAAUCAGAUGUGUUCAGUUUUGGAGUUUUGGCAUUGGAGAUUGUGAGUGGCGAAAGGAAUUCGACUUACCAGCAUCCAAUCUAUGAUAUUGGUCUAGUAGGCUAUGCUUGGAGAAUUUGGGAGGAAGGGAAGCCCAUAGAACUGCUGGAUCCAGAGAUAGAAAAACAAGCCAUUGGAGCGGACACCUAUACAUUACUAGAGGAUUCUCGGGCUGUUGAGGCCAUACGCUGGGAUGAGUCAUGGUUACGGGUAGACUUCAGAUCGUUGGGGGUUGAUAUCGUGUUGUUUGUUGUUGUUGAUGGGUUUGACGGAUUUAGGUCUGAGACGGGUCACGGAUAG